CUCCACGAUGGUGCUGGAGGCGGCGGACCAGGCUGCGGUGCGCGCGCUGUGGCUGAAGCUGGGUAGCAACGUCGGCGUCUACACGACCGAGGCCCUGGAGAGGUGCGCACAGGCCCCGACCUCCCCUGCCUUCAGCCCGCUCGGGAAAGCGUCCUCCUUCCUCCCCAGCCUGACUCGCCGUUCCUCCCGCAGGACCUUCCUGGCCUUCCCUUCCACCAAGACCUACUUCCUCCACCUGGACCUGAGCCCCGGCUCCGCCCAGGUCAGAGCGCACGGCCAGAAAGUGGCCGACGCGCUGACUCUCGCCGUGGACCACCUGGACGACCUGCCCGGCGCCCUGUCGGCUCUGCGCGAGCUGCACGCGAACAAGCUGCGCGUGGACCCCGUCAAGUUCAAGCUGCUGGUCCACUGCCUGCUGGUGACCCUCGCCCGGCACUACCCCGGAGACUUCAGCCCCUUCCUGCAGGCCUCGCUGGACAAGUUUCUGAGCCACGUGAUCUCGGCGCUGGUCCCCAACUGUCACUAAAGUGGGAGGGUGGUCGCG